UCCAUGUCCUGAGGUUACAAACCGGCUGCAACUGGUUUUUUUCCCCUGCCCCCGCUAGGCAUCAUGGGUAAAAGUAAGCAUCCCCCUUUUCUUUUGUUUAAUAUAACAGUACAGCGCAUGAUUGGCAGGGAAGUGCCCGUUUUGAGACAGGGUUUCUGCAGGUCCCUAGAGGGGGAUGGCACGCGGGGCCGCCCAUGUUCUACGGAGAGGGCUUCUCAUAAAAAAAAUCUGUCUUUCUUUCCCUCCCUCCCCCUCUUACUCUGUCUUCUAUUCUUUCUGUCUCUUUCCCCCCUUCUUUUCUCUCUGUCUCUAAUUUUCUUGACAACUAAAGAAGGCAGCAGGAUAUUGUACCUGAUGGACAGAAUGACGGAGGAUGCGCUGCGCCUGAACCUCCUCAAACGCAGCUUGGACCAAACAGACGACCGGGAUGACGUCCUGGCAAAGAGGCUGAAAAUGGAGGGGCAUGAGGCCAUGGAGCGCCUCAAGAUGCUGGCGCUGCUGAAGAGGAAGGAUCUUUCGGGCCUCGAGGUGCCCCAUGAGCUCCCGGUGAAGCAGGAUGGCGUCAAAGUCUAUGAGGAGAAACUGAAUGGGAGCCUGAGGCCCCAUGCGGAUGGGAGGACUGCAGGGCGGGCAGGCAAGGAGAACAUUAAUGACGAGCCGGUGGACAUGAGCGCCAGGAGAAGUGACCAGGACAGGGGCCGACUGACCCCCUCACCAGAUAUCAUCGUCCUCUCCGAUAAUGAGGCAUCAAGCCCACGUUCCAGCUCCCGCAUGGAAGAGAGACUCAAGGCAGCAAACCUUGAAAUGUUUAAGGGCAAAGGCAUAGAGGAGCGGCAGCAGCUGAUCAAACAGCUCCGGGAUGAGCUGCGGCUGGAAGAGGCCAGGCUGGUGUUACUGAAGAAACUGAGGCAAAGCCAGCUGCAAAAGGAGAAUGUUGUCCAGAAGACUCCAGUUGUGCAGAAUGCUGCCUCUAUUGUCCAGCCAUCUCCUGCCCAUGUGGGACAGCAGGGACUGUCCAAGCUUCCCUCCAGGCCUGGAGCUCAGGGGGUUGAGCCUCAGAAUUUAAGAACAUUACAGGUAAACAUCAUUGAGAGAACUCUCCCUGCUGUCAGGGGCGUCCAAGACUGUCCAGGCUCAGGAUUAAAACCCUCUUCCCCACAGACAGUGCUUCCUCCAAAAGCCAGGAAGUUCUUCGCACAUUUCUCUCCGUUCUCUUCAGCGGGGUCAUUGGAAUUUAACUUCCUGGACAAGUUUGGGUCCUAUCACAAAGGUAUGACUAAAAACCUUCCACAGCCUAACGACUUAGCCAACCAAUGGGCACUUAAGAACAAUCGGCGGCUCCUCUAUCAGCUUCAUCGUGUGAUUGCUCCAAACCCCACCCAGUUACAAGGACAGCGUGUUCCUCCUAAACCUGGCCUCAUCCGCACUACAACUCCAAGCAUGAAUCCAGCCAUCAACUACCAGCCGUCAAGCUCUGUUCCCUGCCAGCGCUCGACCUCCUCAGCCAUCUACAUGAACCUCGCCUCCCACAUCCAGCCCGGGGCUGUGAACAGGGUGUCCUCCCCGCUCCCCAGCCCCGGCGCGCUGAACGACGCCGCCAAUUCCCAGGCCGCUGCCAAGCUCGCCCUGCGCAAGCAACUGGAAAAGACGCUGCGGGAGAUCCCCCCGCCNNNGCCGCCGGCGCCCUUGCUGCACUUCCUGCCCAGCGCCGCCAACAGCGAGUUCAUCUACAUGGUGGGGCUCGAGGAGGUGGUGCAGAGUGUUAUCGACAGCCAAGGCAAAGGCUGUGCGUCCCUCCUGCGUGUGGAGCCCUUUGUCUGCGCUCAGUGCCGCACCGACUUCACGCCGCACUGGAAGCAGGAGAAGAGCGGGAAGAUCCUGUGUGAGCAGUGCAUGACCUCCAACCAGAAGAAGGCGCUGAAGGCCGAGCACACCAACCGGCUGAAGAACGCCUUCGUGAAAGCGCUGCAGCAGGAGCAGGCGAGUCCCCCCCGCUCCCACCUCCGUUGCCGGCUCCUGCUGCCGGGACUGGAAGGGGGCGGGUGUGGAACCGGCUCUUCCCGGGAGUGCUGGCCCCCCGUGCCCUCCGGGGGGCUGGGGGUCCCGUGUUACAGGAGUAAUGGUCCCUCCUUGCUUUCUCCCCCUCCAGGUGUGAACAUUGCAUACCUGAAUGCUGGGAUCGGAGGCCACAAAGCGUCGAGCCUGGCAGACCGCCAGCGGGAGUACCUGUUAGAUAUGAUCCCACCUCGGUCUAUAUCGCAGUCCAUCAGCGGACAGAAAUAACGCCUAGUGCCCCUCCCCUCCUGUCGCAUGCAGUGCCUGUACUGGUGCCUACCAUCCACGGGGAAAAGACAAACCCAUUUCCAAACUCCAGCCGCCUGCCCCUCCCCCGACGCUUCGCUCCCCGCGAAGGCGCCCUUGCCCGCGGGCAGGGCCGUGGCCUGCUUGGAAUCUCACUCGCCAUGUGUUAAUGCUCGUUUUCCGCGCCUCUUUUGUAAUGACAAAGCAUCCACUUUUUACUUGUGUUGUGUUUUAUUUCCCCUCUGCUGAAUGGCCGGUUCAACUUCUUCCUUUCCAGAGAUUUGUUAGAGCCUCCGCGCGCCCGCUGGGCAAGGUGCUCAGCGCGGACCCGAGGGGAAUGGGGUGAGGCGGCCGGACAGCUGGUCUAUGCACUUAGGAGGGCGGUAGGAAUUGCUCCCCAGAAGAGGUAAGGAGCAGAGGGGCUGCGGCCACGCCCGGCGGGGGCUGGGCUGGACUUGGCCCGUGUGCAUAGCUGAAUGGCGCAGGAUGCUGGCCCCGGCGCGAAGGGGCUGCCAGGGAGGCCUCAGUCUGGCGUGCGGGGUGGAGGGGUUUGUGGGCGUGGCCUGGCCGCCCUGUCGUGGGGGCAGUGGAAGGGGAUGGGGCUCCUCGCCCAGGGCCCGUCUCCUCCUCCCAGCGAUUCCCAUGCUCCUGGUCGGAGGUGGACGUUCAAAAGGGACAGCGGCCUCGUGCCUGUCUAACACCCCUGCUCUCGAGCAGCUCUGUGCCCGGCCCGCGGUCCAGCUGACGCCGUGGCGGGAGCUCGGUGCGGACUGAGCUAGUGAACCCGAAGCAGGAGCAAGCUGAGAGCCUGCGGAUCGCUCUGUUUGCACUUCCCUGCGGCUGAGAGGCCCUGGCCAGAGCCGAACUCUCCCGGCAGCGCCGCGUCCGGGGCAGCGACAUGGAGCCUUCCCGCUUGCUGUUGCUUGGAUGAUGAUGAUGGGGAGAGCCCCCCUUGGCCAGACUGUUACAAGGCAGAGAAUCCGCUAGACUUCUGGUGCCGAGGGGAA